UUUUUUUAUCAAAACUACACAAUGAAUCAAGCUUCAAGAGGAUCACGCGUUGUAUUUGUUGGAAACAUUCCUUUUGAACUUUCAGAAGAACAAUUAAUCGAAGUGUUCAAGGAGGUUGGACCUGUUGCCUCAUUCCGUCUUUUGUUUGAUCGUGAUACAGGUAGACCUAAAGGUUAUGGAUUCUGCGAAUUUCUUGACGCUGAGACUGCCGCAAGUGCUGUUAGAAACUUGAACGAUUAUGAAAUCGGUGGACGUCAGUUAAGAGUUGAUUAUGCUGCUAUGGAUGAUAAUCAAAGAGCGCCUAACCACCAAGGCGGUGGCGGUAAUAACAACAACAACAACAAUAAUAAUAAUUUCAACAAUAACAACAGACAUGGAGGAGGAGGUGGAAAUAUGGGAGGAGGAGGACAUCAUCCUCCACCUCAAAUGGUGCAGCCUGUUCAACAGAUUCCAAUGCAGCAGCAACAAAUACAACACCAACAAAUACAACAACAGAUUCCCGUCGGUAAACCACCUGUAACAAAUAUGUCUUCUGUCGAUGAGAUUUCCAAAGUACUUGCAUCGAUGAAUUCUCAAGAUUUAUUUACAUUGAUGAGUCAAAUGAAGCAAAUGUCAUUUGAAAGAGCCGAUUUUACAAGAGACUUUUUGACUUCUAAUCCUCAGGUAGCUUAUGCUUUAUUCCAAGCCAUGGUUAUGAUGAAUAUUGUGGAUCCCAACAUUAUUACCCGUAUUAUGAAUACACAACCUGUAGCACCCAUUGUUGCACCAGUGAUUCCUGUUAUGCAACCUAUGCAACCUAUGCAAUCUAUUCGUCAACCUAUUCGUCAACCCAUCAUCAACAGCCCAGCUCCUAUUCCCAAUCCUGUUGAGGAUGAAACAGAGCAACAAAAGGCAUUAUUAAUGAAGGUGUUACAAUUGACUGAUGAUCAAAUCAAUGCACUUCCACCUCAAACCAGAGAUCAAAUCAGACAAUUGAAAACUCAAUUGACCAUGCAACAAUCAUAAACUUUUUUUAUCUUCCGUAUUUAACUUGUCCCUUAUUUGCUCUCUUUUCAAGCUUUGCUUGACGUUUUGAUUGUCCUUCAACUUUAUCUUCUUGAGCUCCUUCCUUGGCUUUACCAAAAUAAGACAUGGCCAUUGGAACUAGUUUAUAUGCAGCAUAAGCAGGAAUCUAAUAAAAAAAUAAAAUAAAAAGAAUCAGAUUUCGUUCACUUUUUAAUUGGAGGGAGUCAUAUUCAUGCAUACUGAGAGAUAAGCCAACCAGAAUU